CUUCCUUUCUUCCUCUCCUCUCCUCCCCCAAUUGUCCUCCCCCCUUUCGCUUCUCCCUCCCUCUUCUUUCAUCCACCCUCUUUUCCUCCGCCAUCAUGUCGGAAAACCAGAAGCCCCUUCCCUUCAUCUACCAGUUCGCCGCCGGCGCGGUGGCUGGUGUGUCGGAGAUUCUCGUCAUGUACCCAUUGGAUGUGGUCAAGACCCGAGUCCAACUGCAGACGGCCACCGCUACCGGUGAUGAGGCAUACAAUGGCAUGUUCGACUGCCUGCGCAAGAUCGUCAAGAAUGAAGGCUUCUCCCGACUAUACCGUGGUAUUAGCGCCCCCAUCCUGAUGGAAGCGCCCAAGCGUGCGACCAAGUUCGCCGCCAACGACAGCUGGGGAUCGUUCUACCGGGGCCUCUUCGGCGUGGAGAAGCAGAACCAGAGUCUGGCCGUGCUCACGGGUGCCACGGCCGGUGCUACCGAGUCCUUCGUCGUGGUGCCCUUCGAGCUGGUCAAGAUUCGUCUGCAGGACCGCGCCUCCGCCGGCAAGUACAACGGCAUGCUGGACGUGGUGAAGAAGAUCGUCAAGACCGAGGGCCCCAUGGCCAUGUACAACGGUCUGGAGUCGACCCUGUGGCGUCACAUCCUCUGGAACAGCGGUUACUUCGGCUGUAUCUUCCAGGUGCGCGCGCAGCUGCCCGCCGCCGAGCCGGGCAACAAGGCCCAGCAGACCCGUAACGACCUCCUGGCCGGUUCCAUCGGUGGUACCGCCGGUACCAUCCUCAACACCCCCAUGGAUGUCGUCAAGUCGCGCAUCCAGAACAGCCCCAAGGUGCCCGGCCAAACGCCCAAGUACAACUGGGCCUGGCCCGCCGUCAGCACCGUCAUGAAGGAGGAGGGAUUCGGCGCCCUGUACAAGGGAUUCAUCCCCAAGGUGCUCCGUCUCGGUCCUGGCGGUGGUAUCCUGCUGGUGGUGUUCACCGGUGUCAUGGAUUUCUUCCGUCAAAUGCGGGGCGAGUAAAUUCUGUUCCUGUUUCGUUGAUAAAAUUCUAGACCUUCGGUGGUUUUCUCUCUCUCUCUUUUGCUCUGCCUCUCUUUCUUCUUUCCUUUGCAAAUAGAUCGACUUUUGGUUAGAGUGUGCGAUUAAAGGAUGCUCGUCUCGUGACUAUUAUCUACACAUCUGCAUAUCUGUCUGUUUGUCUGUCUGUCGUGUUUUUUAUUGUGUCUUCGGCGAUGAUGAACUUGGAUGUACGUGUCAGACCCAAUACCCCCUUUGUCACCAUCGGUGAUUUCCAUCUUUCCU